AUGUGUUGGCUUAUUUUCAAAAAGAAACUUUGGACUCAAGACCGGAUUAUAAGGUGGAAUCAUUCAGUUACGGGUUCUAUGAAUCUGAUGUGUUUCUUGUUAUGCCAAUCAGGUUUAGAGACACAUGAGCACUUGUUUUUCGAAUGUUCAUAUUCGAAAUCAGCUUGGCAUAAAGUGAGGCAUAAAGUAGAUAUGAAUUCGAUUCAAGAUUCAUGGGAGGAUAUUUCAGCUUGGUUGAUCGCUAGAGCCAACUCGAAGUCGGUUUUUUCUGUUGCGAGUAGAUUGGUGGUGGCAGCCGCAGCUUAUGUCAGUUGGAGUGAACGUAACGCUAGAUUUUUCAGUAAUCGUCUAAGACCUCCAGAACAGCUGGCCGAUAGAAUCAUUAGCACGGUUAGAACAAAGUUAAUCUCUUUCAGGUACAAGCAGACUUCAAAAGUCAAUCGUUUUAUGGAAGAGUGGAAGAUGGAUAAAGAAGACUUCUUGGAUGAAGACUGA